AUGGCCAAGUGGCUGCGGGACUACCUGAGCUUUGGCGGUCGGAGGCCCCCUCCGCAGCCGCCCACCCCCGACUACACGGAGAGCGACAUCCUGAGGGCCUACCGCGAGCAGAAGAAUCUGGACUUCGAGGACCCCUAUGAGGACUCAGACAGCCGCCUGGAGCCCGACCCCGCGGGCCCCGGGGACUCCAAGGGCCUCAGAGACGCCAAGUAUGACUCUCCCAAGCACCGGCUUAUCAAGGUGGAGGCAGCGGCCAUGGCCAGAGCCAAGGUCUUGCUGGGCAGCCCCGGGGAAGAGUUGGAACUCGACACGGAGUACUCAGACCCCUUUGAUGCCCAGCCUCACCCACCACCUUCAGAUGAUGGUUACAUGGAGCCCUAUGAUGCCCAGCGGGCUGUGAGCGAACUGCCAUGCAAGGGGGUGCAGCUGUAUGACACUCCCUAUGAGGAGCAGGACCAAGAGCCAGGAGAUGGGGCCCCUUCUGGGAGGAGACCUCGCCAGAGCCGGCUGCCUCAGGAAGAUGAGCGGCCUGCGGAUGAGUAUGACCAGCCCUGGGAGUGGAAGAAAGACCACAUCUCCAAGGCGUUUGCAGUGCAGUUUGACAGUCCUGAGUGGGAAAGGACCCCAGGCUCAGCCAAAGAGCUCCGGAGACCCCCAUCCAGAAGCCCCCAGCCCGCAGAGCGCGUGGACCCGGCCCUGCCCCUGGAGAAACAGCCGUGGUUUCAUGGCCCACUGAGCCGGGCAGAUGCCGAGAACCUCCUGUCUCUCUGCAAGGCAGGCAGCUACCUCGUGCGGCUCAGCGAGACCAGUCCCCAAGACUGCUCCCUAUCCCUCAGGAGCAGCCAGAGCUUCCUGCACCUGAAGUUUGCACGGACCCGAGAGAACCAGUUCGUGCUGGGUCAGCACAGCGGCCCCUUCGCCAGCGUGCCAAAGCUGGUCCUCCAUUACAGCUCCCGGCCACUGCCUGUGCAGGGCGCUGAGCAUCUGGCCCUGCUGUACCCGGUGGUCAUGCAGACCCCCUGA